AUGGAGGUUCGUUUGUCGUCUGUGCUGCAUUGCUGUUGCAAAUCAUUAGCUGCUCCUGUAGCGCUUAGUGAAAAAUACUGCGCAAGUGUUGACGCAUGUAAUAUCUCUGUGUGGUGCCUACCUCUUGAAAGAGAAACGAGGCGGAAAUCACUUGUUUUAACCGGGCACAGCUCUCCCGUGUUGUCUCUAGCGUUUGGCGGUGAUUCUGACAACACAUUUCUCUGUUCUGCAUCAGUUCACUACGUUUUCGUUUGGGACAUUGAGAGAUGUCUUGCCUUAUCAUAUAAUAGUCAAGAGCCCAGAGCUACAAUAGUUUCAUCUGGUCAAGGAAGUGUUCAGUCUGUGUCUUUUAGUCAAGACAGUGACUUGAUUGCUGCUUGUAUUGGCAAGAACAUACAAAUACUUAAAACACAGUCUCAAAUGGUUGAGAACAUGUUAGAGGGUCACACAUCCCUCGUAACUGCUGCUGACUUUUACGGAGAGACAUCACAGUGGGUAGUGUCAGUGUCUGAAGAUCGAACAUUUAAGAUAUGGGACAUAGCACAAGGUCUAUUGGUCUACCAGUCAAGUAUUGUAUCUUCUGCAUCUUUUACGUGUUUAUGCAUCCAUCAUACACAGCGUCAGUUUGCUGUAGGUUCAUCUGAUGGAAAGGUCAGAGUGUAUGAUCUUACUGUUGGUAAUGGAUUCCGUUCACUACGAGAGUUUGAUCUUUCAAAGUUUAUUUUGGUGGAAGAAUCUCUUAAGUCAGAGAAGUGUCAACAAAGACCAACAGUGAUAGACAGUAGACCAUCAUGGAAACAGAUUGAAGAAUCUUCUUUGCACAUUAGUGAAGACAAACAGGAAGCAACAGUUGAAAUUGGAAAUGCUGUCAUUGGACUGGCAUAUUGCAGUGUCAAUGAUGAGCAACAUUCUUUAUCUGCAUAUCAAAGGGAUUUAGAUACUGGGAUUUUGCUGCCACCGGAUGAGCAGCCAAUGGCAAGAGAUGAAAUCAGUGGCCAGACAUCAUUCUUGAUUGCAGUCACUCAGUCUGCAGUGCUUGCAUUUGAUUAUCACAGUUGUCAAUGUGUAUGCAAUUUCAGUUUUCAAAAAUCAGACAAUAGCUCUGACAUGCAGAAGAUAGUUGUAGCAAGUACAGCUGCAUUUAGCACAAGUCAUCUUGGUGAGCUGCAGUGUGUGCUCUACAGUCCAUUUCAAGAGUCUUUGUUCAUUGUUUGUAUCCAGACAUCAUUCCCUCUUCAACCUAGUUUUCUACCUACUCCUCUGUCUGGAUCUGAGUUAAAGAGUUCAAGUCAUGUGGCAUCUGUAGGAAAUGCAGCAGUGGGACUAGCACCACUGCUUACAGUUUUAUCACGAGACGUCCUCCUUAGUGAAUCUCCUUUAAAGGCAGAACUUGUUCCUAAACCUAAAGUGUGUAUUAAGAAGGGCAAUGCAAAAGGCCUACCAAAACGAUCUGAAAUGAAAGAUCGGCCAUUAACAUUUCACUCAAAAGUAAAGUCAUCGGGAUACAGCACUGCACCAAGGACAACAAUGUUUACACCCAAUUUGACUACAUCGCGUGGAAAGGGUUCUAAACAGCUCAGUAAACAUCCCGGUGUUGGAACAAAAUUACUCAGGCAGCCAACCGUUUCACAGACUAAGCGAGAAUAUGUUGUUGACUCUGCUCCUCCUAUUCAGUUGAACUCAUCAGUUUCAUUGUCUGACAAUCCAGUAGCAAUUACUCAGAUAAAGUAUUCAGAUGAGGGCCAGCAUCUUGCUUGCUGUUUGUCUGAUGGCACUUGCCACUAUUUGAAGACUCCACUAACUGAAAAUAAUUCUACGCUCAGAGGUCAUAAUGGGAGUGUGACAUCACUGAGUUGGAGUUGCAACAGCAGCUGGUUGUUAACAUCAUCUACAGACAAGACAGCACGAUUAUGGUCAGUGCGACAACCAGACAAUCCGCUCAUGACAAUAAGUCAAAUACAACACAAUUUUAAAACUUCUGCCAUAGGAAAGAACACAUCAGCAGAAGAACAGUUUUCCAAAGAAAUAUCUGAUGCUCAAUUUUUCUAUGUUGACAAGUUUUUCUUAGUUGUCAGCGGCAAUUGUUUGUAUCUUUACAAAUAUUAUAUUGACACGGACAAGCCUGACGAUGUCAAACGAUAUGUGAACAAUUCUCGGUACAAAUUAGUGAAGUGUUUUACCCAAGAGUCAACACAGCAGAUUACUGCUAUGUCAUGUAUCAAUGACUUUUAUUCAUACAUUGUUCUAUGUGCUGGUUCUAACAAGAACAUUGAGGUAUACGACAUGAAUGUUGGACGGAGUGCACGAGUGAUGACUGAUGUGCAUUCUCGUCCUGUACAUUGUAUCUCACAGAACAAAGGUUCUGCAUAUGUUAGUCACCCACCAGAUGCUUAUGAUCUCUUCAUCACUGGUGCAGUCACUGAUGGCAUCAAACUGUGGGAUCUACGUACUGACAAAUGUGUGAGACGUUAUGAAGGUCAUGCUAACCGGUUCUAUCCUGUAGGAAUGCGUAUCAGCCCUUGUUCACGUUUUAUAGGAACAGGCUCAGAAGACAAAGCGGCUUAUUUGUAUGAUGUUCGAUUUCCUUCUUAUGCUCACAAAUUGCUGGGUCAGAGUGACAUCGUGUCUGCUGUAGCAUUUCACCCUCUACACACUCAGUUUGUGGCCGCAUCAGUGACAGGCAAGUUGAAGAUUUAUAAAGAUUUGUAGUUAGACACAUACACUUGUGGUCAUAACUGUAUUUCCGAGCUAGACAUAUACAUUGAAUAUUCGUAGAAGUAAAAAGUACCGAUAAAAUAUG